AUGGCAGGCUGCACAUGGGGCCCCCGCUUUUGCCUGCUUCUUCUCGGGUGCUUGUGGAAGCUGGCCCUGGCGGCCGUGGACUAUGACGACUACGAGCCCAACAGCACCGACGACGGGCAGCCCCACCUUUCCAACGGGCUGUGCCCACGUGCCAUCCCGGGGCAGGAAGUGUGGCACAACGGCACUCUCUUCCUGACCAUCCCCGCCGCGUCCCGCCUUCAGCUCAGCAGCCUGCUCAUCACCCUCCUCCUGCCCUCCGCCUACACGGCCGUCUUCCUGGUGGGGCUGCCCCUGAACGGGCUGGCGCUCUGGGUGCUGGCCACCCACGUGGAGAAGCUGCCCUCCACCAUCUUCCUGAUGAACCUGGCCGCGGUCGACCUCCUGCUGGGGCUCCUCCUCCCUUUCAAGAUCGCCUACUACUUCCUGGGCAACCACUGGCCCUUUGGCGAGGGGAUGUGCCGCUUCACCACCGCGGCCUUCUACGGGAACAUGUACGGCUCGAUGCUCCUGCUGGCGUGCAUCAGCGUGGACCGCUACCUGGGCAUCGCCCACCCGUUCUUCGCCCGCUCCUGCCGCAGCCUGGCCGUCGCCACGGGCACCUGCUCUGUCGUCUGGGUGGCAGCCGUCCUCUUCGUGGUGCCCCUGACCCUCCGCCGCCAAUCGUUCCCACUAAACGGAACCGUGCUCACGGUCUGCCACGACGUCCUGCCCCACGUUCAGGAGGCUGGGUACAAUUACUACUACUUCCUCUGCCUCGUGGCCUGCGGUUUCCUCGCCCCUCUGCUCACCAUGGUGCUCAGCUCCAGCGCGAUGCUUAGGGUCCUGCUGGGCAGCGGGGAGAAGUACGCGACCGCCAUCAAACUGACGGUGCUGGUCCUCUCCACCGUGGUGGCCUUCUACACCCCCAGCAACGUCCUGCUGCUCCUCCACUACGCUCACUCCUGCUCCCAGCACCAGGGGGCCCUCUACGUGGCCUACAUCGUCAGCCUGGCCCUCACCACGUGCAACAGCUGCGCCGACCCCUUCGUCUACUACUACGUCUCGGAAGAGUUCCGGGCCAAGGUGAGGGCCCGCCUCUUCCACCGACGGAAGAGCUCCACUGUCUCCCUAAAGACCUCCAAGGAGACCUUGCCCCUCCGGAGCUCACACUCCCUGGUGUAAGAGAGAGAGGCGCCUCUCUCCUCCAGCCACGCUCGGGCCCUAGGGCCAGGGGAAGAAGGCGCGGAAUCUGUGCUGCCGAGAGAAGACCCACGAUGAGUCGGCUUCUGGCUGCAACCAGCCCUGGAGCUGCAGCGGGGAUGGAGACUGUGGCCCUGGGCUGCCUUCCUCCUCCUCCUCC